AUGUUCGUCACCAAGGUUGCCGUAGCUGCCCUGUCGGCAUUGACUGUUGUCUCUGCUGGCAACUCGACCUUCUCGAUCGAUGUCGACUCUGUCACUCUUGCCACCAAGGCUUCUUGGUGUACAUCUGAGAAGAAUGUCUGUGGUGAGAUUUGCUCUACCAGCGAGAACAGCUGCGAGCCUUCCACUCUCGACUUCAGCUGCGUUUGCACCGACGGCACGGAACCCGACAUGAACGAGUACCAGAACUCUGUGCCCUACUACAUUUGCGAGACAGCCUUUGCCAACUGUAUCGCGGCCAACACUGACAGCGCCAGCGGUCAGAAGAACUGCACCACCACCAUCGCCGAUGAGUGUGGAACCAAGGUCGCCGGCAGCAGCAGUACGACUACUACCGCUGCCGCCAGCUCCUCCGGAACCGGAACUGCUGCUACCGCUGCCAGCUCUUCCGUCUCAUCGUCCUCGACUUCCCAGGCCGGCGCCAUGCCUACCGGUAUUCAGCACCUCCCGAACGGUGCCAUUGCUGUUGCCGCUGGUCUUCUCGCCAUGGCUCUGUAA